AUACACAUAAACACACAAUUCAAUUUUCUUCUAAAAACAAUCAUGAAUUUUCUCUCAUCUUUGGCUAAGAGCGCCGGAGCCGGCGAUGAGAAAAAAGCCGGAGGCGAGGAAUCUGGUUCCACAACAGAGCUUUUCUCCAGUGCUAAAGUGUUAGCAGAUGCCGCUCAAAGUCAAUUCAACAAAGAUUCCGACAAAAUUGAUAACAAAAAAGUAGCUGAAGCAGCUGCCGAUGUCCUCAACGCUGCACAGAAAUAUGGAAAAUUAGACGAAACUCAAGGAAUUGGACAGUACGUUGAGAAAGCCGAAACUUAUCUCCACCAGUACGGUGGCGAUAAGGCUCCGGCCGCCGCUCCGGUUGCUGAAGAAGCAAAAGCACCCGCUCCUGCACCGGAAUCGGCUCCGGCUCCGGCAUCGGAUCCAGCACCGGCGCCGGUUGUUGAAGAAGACAAGGAGGAGGAAAAAAAAAGUGGAGGAGCUGAUUAUCUUAAGAUGGCUGGUGAUUUCUUAGGCAAGAAGUAAUUAGAGUCUAAUUAGCUUUUUUUAAUUAUGGUCUAUGCUUUUAAUUAUGGCUGAUGUUAUAUUUCAGUUUUUUUUCCCCUUAAUUUGCCACUGUCCACUGCCGGCGCCGGCGCCGGAGUUGGAUUUAUGUAAUAAAAUAUGUAUGUAAGUUGUGUGUAUUUCAGUGUGAUUUUACCGUGAA